UCCAACAUUGACCAGAUCGAUAGUCAAGGGAAGACACCACUUAUGUGGGCGGCCGCCAAAGGAGAUUGCGAGAAAGUUAAAAAGCUGCUAGAGUAUGAUGCUUCUGUAACAUCAAGGGACUACACAGGACGAUGCGCACUUAGCUGGGCCACUUGGAAUGGUUUAAGAGGGUGUGCGACUUGCGUUAGAGUACUCCUUGAGAAGGGAGCUAAUCCAAACAUAAAAGACACUAGGAACUACGAGUCUCCGCUCCAUUGGUCAUUAAAGGGCGAUAAAACAACAGAUAUUGUCACGACUUUGCUGGACAGCGGCGCAGAUAUCGAAUCUCUCAAUGCAUCUGGCUAUCAUCCAUUACACAGAGCGGCAUUCAGUGGGGCUUUGCAAAACACGGAGCUUCUGCUCGAUCGCGGGGCAGACAUUGAAGCGAAAACAAAGUCUAAAGAAGAGACCCCACUGGUUAUGGCAAUCCUCCGUUGCAAACCUAGGAUUAUCGGAUUGUUGCUCGCAAGGGGAGCC